UGGUAGAUCGAGUAGUAGUUGAUCUAAUGGAUCCAGAUCAUGGCAGAUUGUGUAGUAGUUGGUCACAUUCAUCUGAACUUGUUAUGUGGUGUACAGGGGCGGACUGACCAUUUGGAAACUCGGGCACUGCCCGAGGGCCCAGGGUCAGUAGGGGGCCCCAUGACAUGCCCCUGGUACCUUUUUCAUAGGCUUUUUUGAGUUUGGGCAAGGACACAGGGGCCCCAUGAUCACCUAUUGCCCGGGGGCCCCAUAAGUUGUCAGACCGCCCCUGUCAAUGACAUGA